AUGCGUUUGAUCAAUAAUGUGAAAGGCAAAUUGCAAAAGUUGAGAGAUUCUGGAUGGGAGGUUUUACUCGAGGAUGUGAAGAAAUUUUGUAACACUCAUUCCAUUGAAAUAAUUGAUAUGGCAAAUACCAUCAACAGCCAGCUUGAAACAUAUACUGAUGACGUCAGAUCAGAUGAACGGUUUGAAGGCAUUUUAGAUUUGGGAGAUCUUGCAAAGAAAAUGAUUGAAACAAUGAAGAACCAUGUGUUUCCUUUGGUUUAUCGGAUGAUUGAGCUAGCCUUACUUCUUCCAGUCGCUACUGCAAUUGUUGAAAGGGUGUUUUCAGUAUUGAAUAUUGUCAAAACAGAUUUGCGAAAAAAAGAUUGGAUAUGA